AAUGAUAACCAGAGCUCUACCGGUUCUGCGGACGGAACCGAUUCGAGCGCAACGCCGCGCCGGAGACCCACAUCUCUUGAUCUGAAUCCGUCGUAUAAGAGUGGUUCGGAUCAGUUGAAGGCAACCGCUGGCGGUCACGAGUCGUCGGACAUGAAGGACAUGAAGAAGCCGCAGACCCCGGAAACGCCGGAAACCAAUUUGACGCAAGAGUUCUCCCUUUUGAACGUCAAUAUACCGAACGUUCAGAUCGAGGAACUGAAUGCAAUCAAAAGGGUUUGCAUAAUAACCGCCACCUCUUCCAUAUCGUGUCGACUGAAGAUGACAUUCCCAUCGGGUUAUCCCAAUCACGUGGCGCCGCACUUCAGUUUCUUAAGCAACGGCGCGACCGCACCGUCCGAUGACGUGAAGAAAGAGCUGCUGAAAGUGCUGCAAACGACGGCUUUCCUUCAGGUGAAGCGUAACCGCACGUGUCUCGAGCCAUGUCUUCGACAGUUUAUCGCAACACUCGAGCGCCUGACCGGCACUUCCCCGGCGCUGAUGUACGGCACACGACUGGAGCCGAUUUCAGGGUUAAUACCCGGCCAUCGCUACGGCUGCUAUUUGGACGCCUCUUCCGUUCCUUUUCCCCGCACUUCUGGCGCCCGAUUCUGUUCCGGAGAGCUAUUGGUGUGUUUUGGACGACCGCCUCAUUUGGAGCAAAUGAACGCACAGACAGAAUACACGCCGCGAUCGUUGAGUGCUUUAGACGCCUACCUGUCCACUCAUCACCGGUCGGCUCAACCCAAUCAAAACGUGGACCCAAUCGUGCCGUCCAUCUCAUCCUUUUAUUUCGAUCCGUCGCGACGUAAAAGAUAUAAAACUAAAUUAAGACGCAAUCAAAUGGAGACCAAAGUGGGCGCCGCCGGCAAACACAACAGCAAUAACUGCGGUCCGGUGUAUGUCUUCUCAGUGGCCGGACUGUUGCCCAUCAGUCGAGUGUUGGCCGAGAAUUAUGUGAUGAAUACAAACGGAGACAUUGUGUCGAUGUGUGAGACCAACGCCAAAGUGGCCAACACUUUCGGGCGCCGGGACUUAUGCCAGACCUGGAAUUUAGUCAAAUUGAGUGCUGAGAUAUACCUGAAGAGUUUGAAUCAGGCAAACCUAAUGGAGACGCCCUGGGCUUUGCACCCAUUCGGCAAACGUAUGGUUCAGUCG